UGUGGUGAACAUUGAGCACAGUGUUUUCCCCUGCUUCUCUCCUUUUCAGACAAGCAAAAUUGUUCUGUGCUGCCGUAGAUGUAAACUCCUUGCUGCACUGCCUCCGUCUCUUCUUUUCCAGAAACUCAGGGGCCUGAAUUACCGGCCACAGAGAUCGAAAAACUCUCACUGAAUCUGGAUGGAAUAUGGACGAGGAGAUGAAUAGCAGAAGGGAAGAAAGAGUGAAGUUGGUUAUUUUUCUGGCACAUGGAUGCAAUUACACUCAGUGCAUUCCAGAGGCGUUCCUUUGAAUCCUGUGCAGGUCUGCCUGCCGUUCCUGGGAGAAAGGAGGAAAAAGGGAGGAAAAGUCCCUCUUGCUUCGAGACGGAAUGUCUGCACUUUCAAUUCUCUUUUUAGCUUCCUGCUCUGUUUGGCUGUCCAGGGCUCAGACUGAGUUUAAGAGAGUGGCUGAAGAAAACGUGACUUUGCCCUGUCACCACCGCCUGGGCCUCCUGGAGCAAGGGAGCCUGGAUAUUGAGUGGCUGCUGCACAUUUCGGAGACAGUACAAAAAGCGGUGAUCACUUACUCCGGAGGCCGCGUUUAUGAUGACCUGAAUGAGGAACAGAAAGGGCGCGUUUCCUUCACAUCCAACUUCCUUGCUGGAGAUGCAUCCUUACAAAUCAUAUCCCUGCAGUCCAGUGAUGCGGGGAAGUACAUAUGUAAGGUUAAAAAUGCUGGGCAGUAUGAAUGGGCUCGCAUCACCCUGAAGGUUGUAGAAAAACCUUCCAAGCCCAAAUGCUGGCUAGAAGGGGAGCUACUGGAAGGACAAGAGCUGUCCUUGCAGUGCCGUUCUGCUGCUGGCACUGCCCCCAUCUCCUACCGAUGGCAGCGCAUAAAUGAGGAAGAUGAGAGAGCUGAACAUCUCCCGCCGACAUCAAGAGUCAACAUUUCUAAUCCCGGACAAGUCCUGCUGAAGAAUCUUACGCAGAUGAGCACAGGGUUAUACAAAUGCAUUGCCACCAACGAGGCAGGACAAGAAAGCUGUGUUGUUCAGGUGACCGUGCAGCAUGCACAAAAUAUCGGCAUGAUUGCUGGAGCAGUUUGUGGUGUGGUGCUGGGGCUUUCCCUCCUUUUCCUGGUGGUGAGGCUGACCAUAAGGAGGAAAGAAAAAAAGAGAUAUGAGGAAGAGGAGGCACCAAAUGAAAUCAGAGAAGAUGCAGAGGCACCCAAGGCCCACCUCGUGAAGCCCAGUUCCUCUUCCUCUGGUUCCAGGAGCUCACGCUCAGGUUCCUCCUCAACCAGGUCGACAGCCAACAGUGCCUCUCGCAGCCAACGGACGUUGUCAACGGAAGCUACUCCCCAUCUAACUCCUCCCCAGUACAGCCAGAGGGAGGCAGAAGGAAAAGAAACUGAGCCAAAGAAAGUCGACUACGCUAACCUGAUGAAAAUGGGAGCGACGCUGGUCAUGGUGCCCGCCCAAAGCCGAGCGUUCCAGACUGUGUGACUGCCUGCCCGUCGUCUGGAGACUUCUGCUGUCCAGAAACACUUCACGUACCACCAGCCACGUAGGAAUUGUUAGAUUAGCUAGUUAUCUUCCUGGUCAGUUUAAUUUUAAUCACUUGUGAUUAUUCACACCACAAGAAGCCCUCCCACUCAACUCUUCCUUACAUCUUCGAGCACUGAGGUUCUGGUACAGAAUAUUUUUUUUUUUUUGAAGAAA